UGGCGCUUCCUCUUCCGCUUCCGGCCGACGCUGCGGGAAGAUGGCGGCGGCUGUGGUGGCCUCGGUCCUGCCAGUCACCUUCGGGCGGCUGGUGUCCGCGUGCAGCCGCAGCAUCCUCAGACCGUCCGGGCCAGGAGCUGCCUCCCUGUGGUCGGUGUCUGGAAGGUCCCAUUCACAGAGCACCUCACCUCCCCAAAGCUAUGUCCCUAAGACAUCCCUGAGCUCACCACCGUGGCCGGAAGUCGUUCUGCCAGACCCGGCGGAGGAGACCAGACAGCACGCAGAGGUCGUGAGGAAGGUGAAUGAGCUGAUCGCCACAGGCCAGUACGGCCGGCUCUUCGCUGUGGUGCACUUCGCCAGCCACCAGUGGAAGGUGACCCCCGAGGACCUGAUUUUAAUCGACAACGAACUGGACAUUGCGUGUGGCGAGAGGAUCCGGUUGGAGAAGGUGCUGCUGGUGGGCGCCGACACCUUCACGCUGCUGGGCAAGCCUCUGCUGGGAAGGGACCUGGUUCGCGUAGAAGCCACAGUCAUUGAAAAGACAGAAUCGUGGCCAAAAGUCAACAUGAAAUUUAAGAAAAGGAAAAACUACAGGAAGAAGAAAAUUCUGGUGAACCCGCAGACUGUGCUCCGGAUAAACACCAUCGAGGUCGCCCCGUGUUUGUGCUGACCGCCGCGCUGACCUUUACAGAAACGUGAAAAUAAACCGUCUUCCGGGAGCCCGCGUUUCUGUGUCCCGGAGCCCAAGCCCUGCGCCGGCUGGGCCCCCGCCUGGGUGCUGGGGCCAUGCGCCUGGUCUCGGCACGUGCAGCCCACCCCGGGCCGAGCCUGGGUGGGUGCUCGUGUGAGAGGCAAGCUGGCGCUCCUAGCCGCCCUGGACCCCCACCGCAGGUGGCAGGCUCAGGGGGCCCGUUGGAGGGCGCCACUGGGACCCGGGGGUGACACCAAGAGACACAACCUGGAUUCCGGGCCAGACCAACAGAAACCUGAGCAGGCUCCACGUCUGAGUGAUCCGGCGCACCUGUGCGAAGGAAUGUGCCUUUUUAAAAGCCGGGCUUGAAACCAGGCAGCCUGCAGCAGGGAGGGAAGGCGCGG